GUCCAGGUGAAAGACAUUUGCUUGAUUGCCAUCACUGCUCGGUCAGUGGGAAUAAAAAACAGUUGCAGAUGCAGUUCAGUGUUCAAGUCAUGAUGGCUUUCUAUUGGCAACGUGCUGUGCUGCUUUUGAGCCUAGCAGCUGCCAUUUCAGUAACUGCAGAUAUGAAACUGGACUGUAGGCCUGACUUUGUCUCGCUGGUAUGGACAAAAUCCAGACCGCAGGCUGAGCCCUCGCUCAUCCGUCUGGGUAACUGUCCACCCACCAGCGUCUCUGCUGAGGAGGCUGUUUUCAAUGUGGGGCUCAAUGACUGUCACUUCCGAAGAAUGGUAACUGGGGAUCAGCUAGUGUACACCAAUGACCUGACCUACAUUCCCUCCUCUGACUCUCACAUGCCGGCCUUCUCUCUCCCGGUUGUCUGUGCCUACGAAAGGCCUGUUGACUGGUAUCCUCCCAUGUAUGACCCAGUUCUGUUUGACACAUAUGGUCAAGGAGAGCUAGUCUUCCACAUGGAACUUAUGAAUGAUGACUUUUCAGGGCCGGCUCCAUCUACAGCCUUUCCUCUUGGCUCCCUUAUCCCCAUCAUGGCCAGUGUGGAACACAAGUCCCAUCAGCCCUUGUUACUGCUUCUGGAGGAAUGUGUGGCCACCACCACACCGGAGCUGCAGCCUGAGAACCAUUUGUUCCCAAUAAUCACCAAUAAGGGAUGCCUGGUGGACAGCAAGGGCACACGCUCAAAAUUUGAACAAAGGCAAAAAUCAUCAGAGAUUCACUUAUCCCUUCAAGCCUUCAAGUUUGCUCUUGGAGAGGAGGUGUUUAUCCACUGCAAGCUUUUGGCUUGGGACCCCAGUGGUCUUGACAGAAGUAAGAAGGCCUGCCACUAUGUGAAAGACCAUGGCUGGGAGCUGCUAGAUAACCCCUCGUACAGCAGCCUGUGUGACUGCUGUGACUCCAGCUGUACGUCCAGGAGGACACGGAGCAUUGCAUCAGUGUCUACUUUUUCAGGGAAGCAUGGAAUAGCACAUAACGCAGUCCUCGGGCCACUUACCAUCACUGACUGGAAUGCUUGAGGAUUACAGAGAAUGGAUUUAUCUCCUUGUGCUCUGGUUAUCACGGUGGUUUUUAGUCCUGGUUUGACAAUAAAAUGUUAAACUUAAAAGUG